AUGCCGGGCGCACCACUUAAUAGCUUUCAUCCUAUCAUUAUACUUAACGGUUUCGAUCACAAGAUACAUGGAUUAUUGAAAAAAACUAUUGAAGCACUAUUGACGUUCAGGAUUCAUCCAAGACGACUUGAACUUAAUAAAAAAGAAAAAAUUCGAGAUCAGAAUAAUAUCGAGAAGGUACAGCCGUAUUACAGGGCAAUGCAGUAUACAGAGAUGAUUUUAACAGACAUCGCAUGGAGUCCUAGUGAAAUUAUAAAUUCAAUUCAAGACAUUGACGUGGACAGCUAUCGAGACGUCAUGAAUAAGUUUUGGUCACAUUUGCACAUGGAAUCAUUAAUGUAUGGUAACAUAGAUAAAUCCAUGGCACAAAACCUUGUCCGCGAAUUGGAGAAGCCAUUUUUGAGCAAUAGAAAUUUUCGCCCAGUAUCGCUACAAGAAAUGAUCAGAAUAAGAGAAGUCGAAAUUAACGAUGGUGAGAACUUGGUGUACGAAAAAACAACUGCAUUUCAUAACAACUCGGCUGUUGUUUUUAAUCUACAAUGCGGUAUUCAGAAUACGAAGGAUAACAUGGUAGUUAGCCUGUUUAAUGAAAUCAUCGAAGAGUCGUGCUUUAACGUUUUGCGUACACAGGUAAAGGCGGUUUGA